AUGCGGCCAAGGGGCAAUAUGGGGCGCUUCGUGGAAGCCAUCAUGGGCGGCAUGCAACGUGUGAAGCGCAUGGCUCCAAUCUUGCAAGACACGAAUUCAAAGCUGGGGUUUCUACAUCGCUUGGAUGUACCAAGUUCGGGACUGAUUUUGGUCUCCACCACUUACAGGAGCUAUUACGACCUUCGAUGGCAGUUGGCCACAGACGACCUCACCCGGGACUACCUGGUUCUGCUCCACAGCCUCUGCCCUUCCCGCUCCGUGCGCUGCCCUGUCACCUGGCCCCUGGCGUCCCUGCGACGCAAUGCGCGGACGCGGGUGCUGCCGGGCAGCCCGCGGGGAUGGCCCGCGCGGACGGAGCUGGUGCCGGAGUCCGUUGCGCAGCGCGCCGGCGACGUCUUCAGCCUCUGCGCCGUGCGGAUCGGCAGUGGACGCAGACAUCAGAUUCGGUGCCACUUGGCACACAUUGGCGCAGCCAGCGUGGCCGAUGGGAGAUAUAGCUCCAUGGCCACUUUGCAGCGAGAUCUCACUUGGUGCCCGCGGAACUUUCUGCAUCGCUGCCGUCUCAGCUGGCUCUCCAGGCGAAACCGCCGUGUGGAGGUCCUUGAUCCUCUGCCUUCCGACCUGCGCCAAGCGCUGCAAGCACUGCACGACUUAGGUGCUGGCGCCCCGUUCCAGACUGCCUGCUUCACCCCGCAUGGCUGUCCCAGGUAUGAUGCCCAGCUCAUUCGGCUCAAAGAUUGUCGGGAUCUGAGGGAGUUGAACCAAUGGCGGGAUUCCAGUGGUGGCUUCCCCUGUCAGAGUCAGUUGGAUACCGAUGACUUGGACGACGAGGAGCGAAAGGCCUUGGCGGAGGUCUCCAAGAAGCUGGGCGGUGACAAGACGCUGGCGCUGGUGGCGAAGGGCUACUACCACACGCGGCCAAAGACCCAAGAAGCGCCAUCUCCUCCGCGCAUUUCUCCUGAAGAAGCCCAGGCUCAGGACAAGUUCGAUCGCGACGAGGCCGCGCUUCCGGGCUUGGCACCCCAAGCCCUGGAUCCAAUACCAACCCAAUGGCUGGCUCUCGCGGCUGUGGUGCUGCAAGCGGCGCGGCUGAUGUCGGCGACGCCCCAAACGACAUGGCGGGACGGACGAGAAAAGGUGGACAAGUCCUCUGGGGAUUACCUCAAACGAGGUGUGACGCGGAUGACCCACCAUCAAAGCUCAGAUGUGACGUUGCGCUCGGAGCGCGAAGAGCUGGUGGAGCUGAUCACCACGGCGGGCAACGGCAGCCUGAUGCGGGGCUGGAGGACCACCUUGGACACCGAGGGCGAGUUGCAGGGGGCCCAUGGUGCAACGGAUGUGCUGCUGUGGGAUGACGUGAAAGACCUCGACCAUUUGCAGCUCAGUGAAAUUGCUCCAAAGGAGGGUCCGGCAGCCCAAAAGCAGAAAUGGAUCAAGGAGGAAUUUGGCUCACCUGCUGGAUUUUUCAGCGCGCUGGAUGCCAACAAGAAAGGGAAGGUGGCGCGGCACAGCUUCGUGUCCUUCUGCGUGAACCGCAGCUUCAAAGCCUCGGAAAGCGACAUCAAUCGCGUCUUCGAUUGCAUCGACACAGGUGACAUUGGAUUCAUCCUCAAAGAGGAUUGUAUCUUUCUGGAGGUAGACCCAGCCAUUCGAUACGAAGAGCGACAACGCGGUGGUGUCGUCAAGGAGUGGAAAGACCAGGCGGCCCUAGAAUUCCUUCAGAACGCCAAGACGGGGAUUCGGGGCCUACCUGGCGAUUGUAGUAUUGCCUUGCCGGACCGACAUCGAUUGGCCCCUAGACCUUGGCAGGCUGGAGCUUUUGAGCAGAUCCCCAUGGUGGUGUGCCAGCGGCGUCAGGAAAGGGAGCGGGAAGCCCGUUACAAACAAAAAUUCGCGCGUGCCACGUUUUUGCGCCAACUGCGCACGGCCUACGGCAAUGAGGUUCGAGGCCUCCGACGUGACGUGAAUCCGGACGGUGUGGCACUCGGCGGCCCGGUUGACACCUCAGAUCGGAACUUUCGGGAGCGACAUCCGGCGCCCUUGGGACCACAGAGCUUGGCUCAAGAAUUUUGGCCACUGGACGACUUGGCCUCGCGUGGCCGCAUGGCCUCUAAGUGCAACAAAAUCCGCGAAGCCUCAGAGGCCUUCAAGCACGCUCAAGAGAGGAGGUGCGAAGGCUGGCUCACAGACAAAAAUCUCUGUGAUGCCGUGGCUGUCGUAGGCCCUGAAGGGUACCGUGUGCCAUUCCUUCGGGCACCCUUGGCCAGCCUCUCCAUGCCGCUGAAGGCUGCAUUGUAUGGUGAAUUUCAGGAAGGCCAAACGCAUGAACUUACCUUGAAAGAUGUGGCUGUUGACGCCUUCGAUGUCAUGAUCCGGACUGCAUACAAUUUGGAGCCCAAGCUUACUCCUGUGAGGGCCCUACGCGCAUUUGUAGCUGCGAAAUUGUAUAUCAUAGAUGAUCUAGAGGCAUACUGCUUGCAUUACUUGGAAUCUUCGGAAGAUGUGGACGGCCCAGCAGCUUUGCAGAUACUCAACGAGUCCUUGCAACUUUCCAUGGAUUUGCCAGAAAACAUACAAUGUAAAUGUUGGAGCACAGUUUUGACAGAGAGCCUCAAGAUUGUGCAGUCGCCAUUCUUUCUUGAAACUCAUGGUUCCAUCAUAGCCAUUUUGAUCAAAUUGGACGAAUUCUACGUCUGUGAAGAGACACUUUGGGAGCGCUUGGUGGAGUGGUCUGCAGCAGCUGUUCAGAAACCGGACUUGUUGGGUCCGUUUGAUACCACACCACCCGAAGAUGGAGUAGAUCGGAAGGUUGCGAUUUUGCGAUUGAUAUCCCCGCACAUCCGCUUCACCCAAAUGAGCAAGGAUUUCUUCGUUGACCGGGUGAGAAAGUAUUUGAAUCGCGAAGAAAGUGACGCUAUCACUGACUACUUCCUCCUGGGCCGCCAGGCGGAUGGAUUGUUGAUCAACCAGCGCGUUGGUCUAGAUCCAAAAAUCGAACCCAUGACCUGGAACUGGCAUGAAAUCCCCAUACCCUGGGGUGGUGAUUUACCCGAGAAUCCCAGGAAGGUCACCUUUGAGAAAGCAGCAUGGGUCACCAAGGUGGAGCUGAUCUUUGGUAGCUGGGACGAUGUGGAUGAGCCACCAACAUGGUACGUUUCUGCGGCAGGGCAUACCUUUCAGGAGAGAACAUGCGAAUUGGAGAAUGAUAAGAUCAAGAGCGUCAUAGAUAUCAGUCUUCAAGACCCAUGCGAUGAAUUGAUCAUCGAACUUAGUGGAAUGGUUGGCAAUGAUCCACCGGAAACAGUAAGAAUCCACGACUACGACUUCAUAGAAGUGAGGAGAGCACAGCUGGAAAUGGCCACCGAGCUGGCAAAGCGAUUGUCAACAGAUUUCUGUCUGACACCCAGCUCGGCCACAGUGGAUUUGCCGGUCCAUAUCUCGGACCUUUGGUCCUCGCUGGACACCGAUGGCGAUGGACGUGUGCGGAUGGAGGAACUAUGCUCGCGACGGGCAGAAUCAUUAGCCAAGUUCAAGGCCUGGACUCUGCGACGCUUCGGCCGCGCCGUAGGGCUCUGGGACUCCCAAGAAGCGCUCCGCGCGCGCGCGCGGCGCCGGGCGCAGGGCUCUUGGGUCUCGGAGUCGAAGAUGUUGGCCACGUCCUUCGGCGAGGCCCUGAAAGAGCUGGGUUGGCCCGGUGCCUAUGAUCCGGAGGAGAGAUUGUAUGUCUUCACGUCCUUGGACUCCAUGGGAUGCAACUUGAUCACCAUCCAAGACCUGGAGUGGCUGGACAGGUGCGGCACCGGUGUAACGGUGCAAGGCUGCGAGGCCUGGAGCUGGGUUUAA